AUGGGAUCGGCCCGCAGAAACGACAAAGCUCGUGGCAAGGAGAAAGAACGCAGGGCGACGUCGGCAUUUCCAACGCCCCUAAUUCCUAAAGUGUAUGGAUGCCCAGUUCCUGAGCCUAUUCAUUGCUUUUUAGGGGAAUCUAUACCACUAGGAGGUGAUGGAGUGAGAAUGGAAUGUUCGAACGAAAAAUGCCCUUUUGAAAAUGUCCUACUUCACCAAGAAUGCUUUGAAGCCUUGGAGGAUCAUCUGGUGAAGAUUUUGUGCAACCUCGGAUCCGCUAGAGGAUGGACAGACGCCCAAAGACGCGCAAAUCUGUGGGAUAAGAAAGGUCAAGCUUUAAUAGCAAAGCUUUGUCGCUGCCGAUGUGGACUCGGUUUGACGAGGAUGGACGAGCUUGCUGCUUACAAUCGACUAGUAUGUAUCUUCUACGAUAUUCCUCAUUCUUUAUGUAAAAAAAUCAGGUACAGGCAGUUGAGAACCAAUACUAUGUAA